AUGGCUCAACCAAAAGUAAAAGUUGGUGAUAAAAUUCCCGACGAUUUGUACUUUGGAAUAUUAAACAACAAUGAAGAUAACCCCAGAAAAAUAACUUCCCAUGAAGUUUUUAAAGGGAAGAAAGUUAUAUUGUUCGGAAUCCCUGGUGCCUUCACUUCCGUAUGUAGUUCUAAACACCUUCCACAAUUCGUUCAAAAUUUUGAUAAAUUUAAGGAUAAAGGCAUUAAUACUAUCGCUUGUACUGCCGUAAAUGAUCCCUACGUAUUGCGAGAAUGGGCAAACACUCAUAAAGUUGAAUCUAAAGUCUUAAUGCUUAGUGACGGUGAAAUGUCAUUUCAUUCUGCAUUGGGCCUUACACAACAUUUACCAUUUUCUGGUGAACGUGGUUUACGUUUUUCAAUGUUUAUUGAUGAUGGUGUUAUUAAAAUUUUAAAUAUUGAAGAACCAGGUCCACUUAGCUACAAAAUUUCAGGCCCAGAAAAUAUGUUGAAACUAUUGGAAGAAUUGGAAAAAAAAUGA